AUCUUGUUUGCAUGCUUAGCGAAAAUAUCUGUCACGCACAAGUUUGAUUUAGAAACCUCUUUCUUCAGACGUUGUAUGUGUAUGUGCAUGUGUCUGUGUGCGUAUGCAAUUUUCUUGGCAAUAACUUCAGUUUUACUAUUGCCUUCUUACUAGGACUGAGAAAGAACGACUUGUCCCAAAAAUCUCUUUCCAGUUGGUGCCUUAACCCACACAUCAAACUGGUUCCUUCAGUCUUAUUAGAAUACAGCUGUUAGUGGGUCCUUUUGUGUUGGCAAUGGGAAGCUUGUUGUAUAGCUACAAACAGUGUGUCAUUUGCAGCUUACAGUGGCACUACAAAACCUUAGCAAUUAUAAUAAAUCCAUUCAGUGAGUCCUACAAAAUUUGGCUUAAUUUUGUGCCUAGGUAGCCCAGAAUUUAAACAUACAGUUCUUUCUGUUCCUGGAAAGUGCUUUUUUUCCUUGCAUGUAUUGACCUGUUUCUGUCACAGCUACUGUUUUUUUUUAUAAUGCAUUCUAUUACUUAUUUUGGAAGAAGUUAGGCUAUAGCACUUAUGAUCAUAACCAGAGGGUGUGUUGGGUAUGGAGGAACAUAUAAUUAGCACCUUCCAUUUGAGUGGGAUGCUUGAGUGGAAUGGGAAAUAUAACAACUAUCUUCAAGAUAGUGGAAAUUAGAGGGUAUUUGUUUACUGGGAGACACAAGUAUUGUGAGAAGUCCUGUUUUGUAGAUGACCAAAUAGGAGACUUUGCUCAUAAUAAUUGGGUUAAAGAGACAGUGCUUACUAUUGUACCAUUCUUCUAGUUGCAUGGUAGCUUGCUAAAGGUGCUUGAUUUUACUGCAGAUAUUAUUGGGGACUAAUAUGAACUGUUGUGGAAUAAGUUCAACUUCCUGUCCCUGGAAUUAGAAGCAAUCCACUACCGAGUCUUGAGCUGUUUAUAACCCGGCUGCAGAAGUGAAGAACACAAAAGACUUGUAAGAGAUGUUCAGUUUAUUCAGAAAAAGCCAGGAUACCAAAAAGGUAGCUGUGACUGACAAAGAAGUAGAUGGAUUUGUUUUUCUGGGCAAUACAAUUAAUGAAGAAAGAAAGAAUUCUGAAAAUAAACCUCCACUAUGUGUGACGGGACCUCAGUUUGAUCCUACUUCACAGGCAAAUUCAGAAAACCAGUCAAAGUUGACUGAAGCAGACAUUGAACCAGAGGCAAAGAAAAGUCAGAAUAUGGAAAGCAGUUCUGUGUUGGAAUUUCCAAGUGAUGUACCUUUUGCACUUGCACCACAUAUUUUGGCAGUACAGGAUACCUGUAAUGAUUUCUCAAGACAAUUGAUCUCCUGUGAUGUUAACGACAAUUUAGCACGAUUUUGGUAUGAUUUUACACUUGAAAAUUCAGUAUUAUGUGAGUCUUAAACUUGGGUUACUAAUAUAAAAUGUACCUAAAUCACCUGAAGUAAAAUAUGCUAUGUCUGUCAUGUAAAUCAGUUGUUUGUAUCGAGCACUAGUCUGACAGAACAUUACCAUUUUCCAUCAUUGUCGUGUUUCUUACAUAACAAUAUAAGAACAGUUAAGCCAAACAUUAUAAGUCAAUUACAGCAAAUAGAUUAUAAUCUGCACUCACUGAAAAUAAUCAUAGAAACUCCCAGAUAUUGAUAUUAGCUUAGUCCUUGCUUGAUCAUGGAAAAAUAAAUGUUAUAUUGUAUUGUAAUUUACAAAUAAUCAACUUUUACUAUGAUAUUAAUAAAUUAGUCAAUUUUAUUACAGCAUCUUUUGUUGGAGAAAUCACAACAAAAUUUUAAAAUAUAAAUUUAUACAUCAUUAGUGCAGAAUGAAUUGAUAUCAAAUAUAUGAGGUUGGCUUUGGAGUUUGAUUCAUAUUUCUUGGAAUUAUAGUUUUUGAUUGGCUAUUCAUGUUCUGUAUUCUAAAUUUCUAUGUUCAGUUUUUGUAUUGCAAGUUUUUGUUGCAACUACUAGUUGGGAUAUAUGAAUAUACUAUAUAUUAUGUCUGUCUGUGUACAUAUGAUGGGUGCAUAUGUGUAUAUGCAGAUGGGUACAUAAUAUAUAUAUGCAUGUUUAUAAAUUUAUUUACACCAGUAAAAUAACAAUGCAUAUUUAAAAUAUAUCAAUAUAGCUUUUCAUGAAAUACUGUAUGCCACACUUCUCUAUCCUCAUCUCCUUCUGUUAUCUUAUUUUUUUCAUUGCUUAUAUGCAGUGAAGAACAAUAUACAAGAUGUAAAAGGUGGAUAAUAUUGUGUAAAAUAUAAUCAUAUUUUAAACAACAAAUUAAAUCUUAAGGAGAACCAUAUUGUCCAGUCUUUCUAUUGUAUGACAAAGAAGCUAAGAAUGCAAGCAUUUUUUCAAGAUAGCUGUCAGGUUCUGAUGUAAAGGUGAGGAAAAAAACCUCAAAACUAGAGUUCUGAAUUGAGUAUAUUUUAUCUGCCUCACAAACACCGACACGAACUGAUAUCCAUUAACAGGCAAUUCAAAGUCAGGACUAACCGUCCAGUAACUAUCCCACCUUUUAAAACUGGUUCCUACCUCAGCCCAGCCUCUAUUCUUCCCUAAGCUGAGUCAGUAGCCAUUUAGCAGGGAAGCCAGCAGAGUUCAAUCAUAAGCCAUGCUCAGUUCACAUGCCCGUAAUCUUCCAUUUUUGUUUCAGCUGCUUGGCCGCCCAUCAGCUGUUUGAUGUUGAUCUCAGCAGUGGCUCUACGGUUUGGUGGGUUUAGCUGCAUGGUGGCCGUAUCCCUUCUCAGUUCCCCACAGAAUUGGCAGCCCUGGGUUUCCAGACACACCAGAUCUGACACUAGCCUUUAGUAUCGGGUAUAUAAUAUUCUUUCCAAGCAGUCAUAGGAAUCUUUCCUGCAAUAAUCCAGGCUUGAUAGGCCACUAUUCUUCACUGAUAAAACAUUCAAUUUUUGAGAAUAUAAUUUAACAACACAUUGAAAUCGUAAAUACUUUUCCUAAAUCAUAUUUAAAAAGUUAAGGCUUUUCUACCUGUAUGGGACAUGUCUAAAUCACUCAUAUUACAAAUUUGUUGCAUUUCUGAUAUAAAAAAGACACUUUUUAAAAAUAUUUAUUGAGGAAUCUAAAAAGAUUAAUUUUUACAAAUUAAUCUCCUUAUAUUUAUAAGAAACAUAUUCAUUUUUAAAGAUCUGAGAUUAUUACCUUGAAAGAAUUGGAAACUCCAGUUCUGUUUUCCAAAUUUAUUACUAAUAUUUAUUAAAUCUCUUAAAAUAUCCAGUGAAGAAUUAGAUUGACUCCAAAAAGAAUCUUUGAUAUACUAAGAAACAUAAUUAUGCAAGAGAAUCAAUUCUAAGAGCAUGUACAUUAUAGUUGCACGUUAAAAUCUCCAGUUCAUUGAAAAAAUAUGUUUGCUAAUCAUACAUGGUUCCUAAUGAUCUCAAUAAUAUAUGCAUAAUAUUAUGGUUGCCCUUUUGUGUCCUAAAUAAACAUAUGGCUUAACAGAAAAUAGAAAGCAUGAAAUAAGGUGAAACUUAAAUAUAGCACAAAAUAUGUUUUGAUCAGCAUCUCCUGUUUGAUAACUCUUACAUGAGUUCAUUCAUUUUAUUUCUCAGAGAGAGGGUCUGAGAAAGUGAGGGUCAAUGAGAGGGAGAAAAGAAAGAAUGGCUAAGAGAGAAAAUAUUCAGUUAAACAUUGCCAAAAAUAAAAUAUUAUAAUUAUUAGUCGAGCUAUAAAUGAACUUUCAAAGACUGUGACUUACUUAGGAAAAAUGGUAAGCUUUAUUCCAAACUAUACAGAUCUUUAUUAUUUCCCCUUCCUUGAGAUCCAGUAGACUAAGAUGGAAAAUAUAUAGCUUUUCAAAUUCUAUGUAUAAACAUACAUGCAAUUAUAUCUUUAAAAAUCCUGCAAAAUAUUUGAAAUUAUUUCCUAAAUUCACAAUCAUUUUUUCUAAUUAAAUCUGAUUUUAAAAGUUUGCUCGAUUUUUGCUGCUCACAUAUUUUUUUCAUGAAUCAAGUAAAUCUUUUAUAAAACUUCAUAAAAUAGAAAUGUAAGGGUUUUGCAAAAGCCAGGCAAGAUGUCUGUGGAUUCAACAAAACCAUAUUAUUGUACAUGGCUAAUGAUGUUGGGGUUUUGUCUGAUGAUGACUUGAAACUAGGCUUUCUCAGACAUUACCUGUAGAUUGUAGCACACAAUACUGUAAAUAUCAUGAGUCUUUAUGAAAGCCUCAAAAUCUGUCUGUCUCAUAAUUUUAAUAAUUGCUAAUAGUGUUAAAUGGUUUUUAAUGAGCUUUGUUUGUAUAUUUUGUUUAAAUGCAUUAAAUUAUUUUAUUUCUAAUAAUUAUAACAAUAAAUUUCAUAAAUAUA